AUUCCCGUCGUAGACUCCCUCUUGUUUCUUUGCAACGUCUUUGACCUCAAACCCCUCUCUCAAGCCACCACGCUUCUUCUUCUUCUUCUUCCUCAUCUUCAAGUUCAACACCCAUUUCUUAUAUACCCUUUUCAUUGUUUUUCAGCUACCCUUCUCAAACAACGUGUUAAUAAAACCAACACAUAUAUAUUUGUUGCACAACCACACCAAUUGGUUCCUGUUCUAACUCUGCAGUUCCUCUGGGUUGGUUUUGCUUCUUCAUGCUUUCACAUGUUUUCACUGUUACCAUUUGAUGAAUCAUGGGUUCCAAGAAGCCACAGUUAACACCAACAGAAACAAUUCCCAAUAACAACCAACAAGACCUUCCCACCAUUGUUCUCCCUCAACUGUCAAAAUCUAAGUCAAGUUCCAGCAACCCAGUUCAGAACCCUUUGAUGAUGUUGAACUCAUCUUCAUCCCGCAGAAGUGCCAUGUCCAUUCACUCUUCUGGGAGCUCUGGCAGGAGCAGGAGCAACAACAACUCCUUCCAUGAAGUGACUUUCUCACGCUCAGGAUCCAAACCUGUGAGGUAUGGCUCAAAGGGUGGUGCUGAUUCUGAAGGACUAAGCAUGUCCCAGAAGGAACUAAGAGAUGAAGAUGCAAGGUUGGUGUACAUAAACGACCUUGAGAAGACCAACCAGACUUUUGAGUUUGCUGGAAACUCAAUCCAAACUGGGAAGUACUCAAUCCUCACUUUCAUUCCAAGGAACCUGUUUGAACAGUUCCAUAGAGUUGCUUACAUAUAUUUCCUCAUAAUAGCCAUUCUCAACCAGCUUCCUCAGCUUGCAGUGUUUGGGAGGGGUGUUUCCAUCUUGCCACUGGCCUUUGUCCUUCUUGUUACUGCUGUGAAAGAUGCUUAUGAGGAUUGGAGGAGGCACAAGAGUGAUAAAGUUGAGAACAACAGGUUAGCAUCAGUUUUGGUUAAUGGUAGAUUUGUAGAGAAGAAAUGGAAGGACAUUAGAGUUGGUGAGAUCACCAAAAUCAAUGCAAAUGAAACCAUACCUUGUGAUAUUGUGUUGCUCUCAACUAGUGAUCCAACUGGGGUUGCAUAUGUGCAGACUAUUAAUUUAGAUGGGGAAUCAAAUUUGAAGACUAGAUAUGCAAAACAAGAGACACAUUUGAAUAAGGAGGGGUUUAACUUUAGUGGGUUGAUUAAAUGUGAGAAACCCAAUAGGAACAUAUAUGGAUUUCAGGCUAACAUGGAAGUUGAUGGCAAGAAGUUGUCGCUUGGAUCAUCCAACAUUGUGCUUCGUGGAUGUGAACUCAAGAAUACUACUUGGGCACUUGGUGUUGCUGUGUAUUGUGGCCGUGAGACCAAGGCCAUGCUCAAUAGUUCAGGAGCUCCAUCUAAGAGGAGCAGGUUGGAGACACGCAUGAACUUUGAGAUCAUCAUGCUCUCUUUCUUCCUUGUGGCAUUAUGCACUGUCACGUCAGUUUGUGCUGCUGUGUGGUUGAAGCGCCACAAGGAUGAGUUGAAUCUCUUGCCAUAUUAUAGGAAACUUGACUUCUCAGAAGAAGGGGAAGUGGAAAGCUAUAAGUACUAUGGAUGGGGGUUGGAAAUUUUCUUCACAUUUCUCAUGUCAGUUAUAGUGUUCCAGGUCAUGAUUCCCAUUUCCUUGUACAUUUCCAUGGAGCUUGUGCGUGUUGGUCAGGCUUACUUCAUGAUUGGAGACAACAGAAUGUAUGAUGAGACAACAAAGUCAAGGUUUCAGUGCAGGGCUUUGAACAUUAAUGAAGAUUUGGGGCAAAUUAAGUAUGUUUUCUCAGACAAAACUGGUACACUCACCGAGAACAAGAUGGAGUUUCAAUGUGCCAGCAUAUGGGGGGUUGAUUACAGUUCUACAAAAUCCAGCAUAGAGGAUGAGCAAGUUGAAUAUCCUGUGCAAGUAGAUGGAAAGGUCUUGAGACCAAAGAUGAAGGUGAAGGUUAAUCCAGAGCUUUUGCAAUUAUCAAGAAGUGGAGUUGGGAAUGAGGAGGGAAAACGAAUUCGUGAUUUCUUUCUAGCACUUGCAACCUGCAAUACUAUUGUGCCUCUUAUUGUUGACACACCUGACCCUGAUGUCAAGCUGAUAGAUUACCAAGGGGAAUCACCAGAUGAACAAGCAUUAGCUUAUGCUGCAGCUGCCUAUGGUUUUAUGCUUAUAGAACGAACCUCGGGCCAUAUAGUCAUUGAUACUCAUGGAGAAAGACAAAAGUUCAAUGUCUUGGGUUUGCAUGAAUUUGACAGUGACCGAAAGAGGAUGUCAGUUAUCUUGGGGUACCCUGACAAUUCUGUGAAAGUUUUUGUCAAAGGAGCAGACACAUCCAUGCUUAGUGUGAUAAAAAAAUCAUUUAACAUGGACCUAGUAAAAGCCACUGAAACCCAUCUUCACUCUUUUUCUUCCAUGGGUUUGAGGACACUUGUUAUUGGGAUGAGAGAGUUGAAUGCUCCAGAAUUUGAGCAAUGGCAUGCAGCCUUUGAGGCUGCGAGCACUGCUGUGUUUGGCAGGGCUGCUAUGCUCCGUAAAGUUUCUAGCAUUGUAGAGAACAAUCUCACCGUAUUGGGAGCAUCUGCCAUUGAAGAUAAACUGCAACAAGGUGUGCCUGAAGCCAUUGAAUCUCUAAGGAGUGCAGGCAUCAAAGUGUGGGUUUUGACUGGGGACAAACAAGAAACUGCCAUAUCCAUUGGCUACUCCUCAAAGCUCCUAACAAGCCACAUGACUCAAAUUGUAAUUAAUAGCAACAAUAGAGAGUCAUGUAGAAAGAGUUUGCAAGAUGCCCUUGUCAUGGCUAAAAAGCUCGUGUCCACAUCUGGGGUUACCAACAAUGCUGGAGGAAGUUCUGAUGCACCUACAACUCCAAUAGCCUUGAUCAUUGAUGGUACCAGCCUUGUGCAUAUUCUUGACAGUGAGCUUGAAGCACAGCUAUUUCAACUAGCAAGUGAAUGUUCUGUUGUUCUAUGCUGUCGAGUUGCUCCACUGCAAAAGGCUGGGAUUGUUGCCCUAGUGAAGAAUAGGACAUCUGACAUGACGCUAGCCAUUGGAGAUGGUGCUAAUGAUGUCUCAAUGAUCCAAAUGGCUGAUGUUGGAGUUGGCAUCAGUGGACAAGAGGGUCGACAAGCUGUAAUGGCAUCAGAUUUUGCAAUGGGGCAGUUUAGAUUUUUAGUUCCUCUCUUAUUAAUACAUGGGCACUGGAAUUACCAACGGCUGGGGUACAUGAUACUAUACAAUUUUUACAGAAAUGCUGUCCUUGUUCUUGUACUAUUUUGGUAUGUCCUCUACACUGCCUUCACUUUGACAACUGCUAUAAAUGAAUGGAGCACCACACUGUAUUCAAUAGUUUACAGUUCAUUGCCAACUAUUAUUGUUGGCAUUCUGGAUAAGGAUCUUGGUAAAAGGACUCUCCUAAAGUAUCCUCAGCUUUAUGGAGCUGGACAGAGACAUGAGGCCUACGACAAAAAGUUAUUUGUGUUGACAAUGUUAGAUACUUUGUGGCAAAGCAUGGUUGUCUUCUGGGCCCCCCUCUUUGCAUAUUGGAGCAGCACUGUUGAUGUGGCCGGCAUAGGAGACCUUUGGACUUUUGGAGUUGUUAUUUUGGUUAAUUUACACUUGGCCAUGGAUGUCAUAAGGUGGUAUUGGAUGACUCAUGUUGCCAUUUGGGGCUCCAUUGUUGCAACUUUCGUUAGUGUCAUGAUCAUUGAUGCUAUUCCCUCACUUCCUGGCUACUGGGCCUUCUUUCAUGCUGCAGGAACUGGAUUGUUCUGGUUAUUGCUGCUCGGAAUCGUGAUAGCCGCAUUGCUUCCUCGUUUGGUUGUAAAAUUUGUUCAUCAAUAUUAUUUUCCUAAUGAUAUUCAAAUUUGUAGAGAAGCUGAGAAAGUUGGGUAUGAGAGACUUGUUGAAAGUGGACAGAUAGAAAUGCUUCCCAUCUCGAAUAAUCUACCAAGAUGAGAGAAGUGAUCAUCUUCCCUUUUUGUUUAUUUUGCUUCCUUUUCUAUUGUAAAGUUGCACAUUCUUUAGGCUACUUCAGAGUAUUUCUGUGUGUUGCCGGGGUUUCAUUGGUUGCUAUCCGAAGGAUAGAGAGGUUUUGUUAUCACUGCAGAGGUUUUAUUGUAUCUUCAUUCUUUUGUAUCAUAAAUUUAGCGUGUAAAUUAAUCUUGAUUACAGCAGAAAAGAAAUAGUUGAUUGCAUGUUACAUAUAAUCUUUUAC